AAGAAGAAAAAGCAUCACAGAGUCUGGCUCUUGGUAAAGAUGUUGGGCCUUUUUGCAUGUCUGUGUACAGGGGCCUAAUCCGUCCAUGCCUUCACGUCACCACUCAGUGUUACUAUUGAUCACAACAUUCUCAGACAUUGCUGAACCAAGAGUUAACAACUGUGAUGUGGCCAGCAUGCCUAACAAACACUGUGGUCAAAGGUCAGAGUCGAAUGGAGAGCAUUCAAACCUCAUGAUAAAGGUGGUCUGAAUCAUGUCAUGUGGUGUUUGUGUUCCUUACAUGGUGGGCCGCCCUCAUUACACUCCUGCCUACACAGCAGCACCCAAUAUCACCAGUAGAUGUGAGAAUUCCCAAUUAGAUAACCAGUAUGUGUGAAUGUGCAUUCACACUGCCCACCAGUACCAGGAGUGUGUCUUUGUUUGUUGGUGUCACAUUUCAGCUCCUCCCAGCUCCUUCUCCUAUAAAACACCAGCGGCCGGAGCAGCUCAGUGGGGUUUGCUGACUUCCACCCGAGGGGACUUCACUGUCAGCCCGGGAAAGACCGCUGGCCUCUAAACCACCCCAUUCAACAAACAUGGCUCCUUUUGAGAAAUCUAUGGAAAUGAUGCCCUUCAAGCAGAGAAAAUGCCUCGAGACAAGAAAAGAUGAAGUGUGCAGCAUUCGGACAAAAUUCCCCAACAAAUUGCCUGUCAUUGUUGAACGUUACCUCCGUGAAAAGACUCUUCCCCUUUUGGACAAAACUAAGUUCCUGGUUCCCUUCGAGCUCACUUUGGGUCAGUUCCUCUGCCUGCUCAGGAAUAAGAUUGCCCUGGAUUCGACCCAGGCUCUGUUCCUCCUAGUGGCAGAGAAGAGCAUGUCCUGCAUGUCCUCCAGUAUGGGGGAGGUUUAUUCCCGCUACAGUGACACUGACGGCUUCCUCUACAUCACCUACGCCUCGCAGGAGAUGUUCGGAGCACCUCAAACAGCAACCAGACGGCCCUGCUAAGCAGAUACAUACAGAACAUACAAAUGACUGAACCGAUAGUGGAGGCACCACACCACCAAACUGGAGGACAAAAGGGCCAAGCAGAGGCUGUUUUUAUCCAGUCCCAAAAUGCAUAUCAGCCUACCUCAUGAAACUUUCUGGAAUUUCAAAUGCAGCAAAUCACUUGUUUCUUCAUGCUCUGACUCCUGGACAAGACUCACCCUGAUGAUGAUGUGUUUGUUUUAGACUGAGUGUUUGUGAGAUUAAAUACAGAUGCAUUUUUCUUGGCCUGUUUCAGGGCUUUGCUGGUCAAACAUGUUAAUAUCUGCCCUUGAGAUUCAUUGCUGGAAUUCCAGUUUAGUGUAAAACCACCCAUCUUCUCCACUCUAAACAAACAGGGUCAAUGUGUUGUUGGUAAUCAGACUCCUUUUUUUAGCACUUAUCUCCCCCUGCCUCUCUUUCCUUCGAUUGCCUCUUCAUCCUCGUCCUUUCCUUAAAAAUGUGAAACUAUGCUCUGGACUCUUGAGGCACUCACUGAAAACCUGGAUGUCACUUGAAUGCUGAAUGAUUUGUUCUGUAUCCAGCUGUCAGUAGAGCAAACAAUAAAUCUUUAUCAUUUUAAA